AUGAAGCAAAUUGUUUUCUUCUCUGGCUCAUCCCACCAAGAACUGGCAUAUUCGAUUUCUAAAAGACUCGGGCUUCCUUUAGGAAAGGUUACCUUGUCCACAUUUUCAAAUGGAGAAACCUCUGUUGAGAUUGGGGAUUCUGUUCGCGAGAAAAAUGUAUUUAUUUUGCAGACCUUUGAUCCGCCACACGCCCAUUCCAGGCUUAUGGAGCUGUUGAUUAUGAUAACUUCCUGUAAGACUGCAUCUGCACACAGAGUUACCGCAGUGUUGCCGCUAUUUCCCUACGGAAAGGCGGGUCCCGGCUUUGCUAGCGACGAAUUGCUUCAACAGUCAGAAAUAGGAUGGCACUAUAUUCCUUGGCGUCCAAGAUCGGGAAAGCUUAUAGCCAAUCUAUUAAUGGUUGCAGGUGCUGACCAUGUAAUUACUCUUGACGUGCAUGACCCUCAAUGUCAGGGGUUUUUCAAUAUCCCAUUUGACCACUUGCGAUUCCAGCCGUUACUGAUUAAAUGGGUCCACGAAAAUAUGAGCACCAUGAAAAGGCCGAUGAUUGUGGCCACAUCGAUGGCACAAUCAAUGGGCAUCGACUUUGCCCUGAUCCACGAUGUUAAUCCCAUUCCAUCUAUGGGGCAUAGGUCCAUCAAGCCAAUCACUAAACAGCCAAGAUUGGUUGGAGAGGUUUCUGGACGCACCGUUCUCCUUGUUGACGACAUUGCUAUCACCUGUAAUACCUUAAUAAGAGCAGCCGAGAUGUGCCUGCAACAUGGUGCUGAACGAGUCAUAGCUCUGGUUACACACGCGCUAUUUGCCACAAACGUGGAAAAUCCUGCUGACGAUCAUUUGAUAGGAGAGCUUGAUGCAAAACACAAGGAAGUGCUCACUGGAAUCUCUUUACUUGCCUCCAACAUGAGUCUAAGUACGAUUGUGGUUUCUAAUUCGCUUCCAAACAUUGCCCAAAAUACGAUUAAAAAAUUGGGGUCCAAAAGGAUUGUCAUUUUAGACACUGCACCGCUGCUUGCAGAGGCAAUAAGAAGGAUCCAUUUUGGAGAGUCUGUCUCGUAUUUAUUUGAUCGCGUUGCAAUUUAA